GAUGUACAUUAACCAAUGGCUGGACGAGUUACGUGAAAUAUAGGCGGGCGCUUGUCCACCACGGUCACCGACGUUGUGGUGAACUUUACCGGUGUUGAACUACCCCUGGACCCAAACCUUCAGUUCUGUCACAGUCUCAGAGUAUGGGCAGUGUGUUGGCUGCCGCCUCCCCCAGUCCUGCCUCAGCAGCAGCUGGAGGUAGUCCAGGGGUCCCAGGGUUGGGGUCUGUCCCUCCAGGGUUCGCCAUGCCCUCGGUGUCUUCCGUCCCUGCUGCAUCUGACCAGCAGACAGCAGAUGCAGACGCCCCACUCCUAAAUCCUGGCACAUAUGAGGAAUGCCACCGUAAAUGUAAAGAGGUGUUCCCUCAGCAGAUGGAAGGAGUGCGGUUAGUGGUCAACAAGGGUCUGAGUAACCACUUCCAGGUCAGCCAUACGGUUACCCUCAGUACUCUUGGUGAUUCUGGUUAUCGAUUUGGAUCCACCUACGUAGGCACUAAACAGACUGGACCAGCAGAGUCAUUCCCAGUUAUGGUUGGAGAUAUGGACAACACUGGUAGUCUGAAUGCUCAAAUCAUCCACCAGCUUACGUCUGCAGUACGCUCUAAAAUAGCCAUCCAGACUCAGCAGCAUAAGUUUGUGAACUGGCAGUGUGACUUGGAGUGGCGCGGGGAAAAUUUCACCUCUGCUGUGACGCUCGGAAAUCCAGAUGUUCUUGUUGGAUCUGGCAUUGUAGUGGGCCACUAUCUGCAGUCCAUCACACCCGCUCUGGCUCUGGGUGGAGAGCUAGUGUACCACAAAAGACCGGGAGAGGAAGGAGCGGUCACCUCCCUGUUGGGCAGGUACACAGGUGACAACUUCAUAGCUACACUGACUUUGGGAGGAGCAGGAGGGCAUGCUACGUACUAUCACAAAGCCACUGACCAGUUGCAGGUUGGAGUUGAAUUUGAAGCCAACACAAGGAUGCAAGAAACCACGGCAUCCUUUGGUUACCAGUUGGACGUUCCCAAAGCUAACUUGCUCUUUAAAGGCACGGUUGAUAGUAACUGGGUGGUUGGGGCUACCCUCGAAAAGAAACUGUUGCCACUGCCACUCACUCUGGCUCUAGGUGCUUUCCUCAACCACCGCAAGAACAAGUUCCAGUGUGGCUUCGGUGUCACCAUCGGUUAGAAGUGCGGGCGCUGCCUGGAGCCAGCACUAAGGCCACAGCUUGGACCGGCACAGAGACACACAGAACCUGGACUAAGUUUUAGAAAUUGGAUUCAGAGACUCUCUUACUACUGUGAUUUCCUGGGGCAGACAGAGAGACACAGAUAACUACCAAGGAGCCAGAACUGGCCAAGCCAUGCCUACAUUGUGUAGCACAAAUGUCUUUCCUUGUAUGGUGUAUUCCAUAUACCCAGAGGCUAGAGCGAUGUAUAACAGAGGGCAUCAGUGAUGCAUGAGAACAUGUGAUAUGAAAUUCAAAGUGGUUAGACAUAAUAUAUAUGGUGAUCAUGUAAGAUGAUUCAAAUAAAUGUGAUUACUUUUUGUAAAA